AUGGCUCCACGGUUGAGUUCCUUGAAAGCUUUCAUAAGGAACAAACCAUAUCUCUAUCUAAGAUCGUUUGUUAGGCUACCGCUAGAAACGCCCAUUGAAGAGGAGACGCUACCUCACUACGAGGCCGAGCAAUUCUACCCCGUGCACAUAGGGGAUGAAUUUGAUGGAAGGUACCGGGUCACCGGCAAGCUUGGUUUCGGUGCCUACUCAACGAGUUGGUUAUGCCAGGACCUUCGAAGCUGGAGAUAUGCUGUGCUGAAGGUGUCUACAUCCCUACGAAAGUCCCCCACGGCGACCGGCUGUGAAUUCAAGAUUUACGAGCGCCUCGGGAAAAUUCAAUCGACACACUCAGGGCAGUCACUAAUCCGAGAGCUCUAUGACUCCUUCAAGCUCCAGGGCCAUGCGGGCAAACACCUUUGUCUCAUCCUUCAGUCAAUGCAUAUGACCAUCCUUGAGAUGAUGAGACUGAAUCCAAGGCCAUUUGACCUACCUCUUCUUAAGAUGACACUAAGACGAUUGUUGUUGGCGCUGGAUUUCCUGCACACCGAAGCCGACAUCAUCCACACUGAUCUGAAGACCGACAAUCUGAUGCUUAGCCUGGAGGACAAUACAAUGCUGGCCGACUUUGCAGACGAAGAGGCUAGGCAGCCGAGUCCUCGAAAAGUGAUAGACGAAUCGCGCACCAUCUACCAAAGUCGACAAUUUCGCCGACCCCUCAGAGGCAAGAGCAUCGGCCUACCUAUUCUAUGUGAUUUUGGAGAGGCAAGAAUUGGGAAGACGCAUGAAUCUGGCCCUUUUGUACAGCCAAACAUCUAUCGAGCCCCAGAGAUUAUAUUUGAGAUGGCCUGGGGAAGCGCCGUUGAUAUCUGGAACCUAGGGGCUCUGACUUGGGAUCUCUUCGAAGGACAUCAUCUAUUUGGGGAUAUCUUCGAUAUCAAUGGCAACCAUGAUCCAUUUAAGCAUCUGGCAUUAAUGGUCGCAUUGAUAGGGCCACCGCCGGUUGAUUUCGUCCAGCGCAGUGAAACAACAAGGCAGUGUUUUGAUCACAACGGAACGUGGAUUGCUCACCAAGAUGCGGCUGUGCCGCCGACUUCAUUGGAAAAUCUAGAGAAGCGACUUUCCCGCACAGAGAAGGAUUCUUUUCUUCAUUUUGUUAGGUCCAUGCUUAGGUGGCUACCCGAAGAGCGCAAGACUGCGAGGCAGUUGCUUGAUGAUCCGUGGCUGCUCUGA